AUGCCGAGGAUCAAAAGCUUUGCGCCGAGCUGGCUCAAUGAGCCAGCUCCGGCUCAUAAGCUGUUCGAGCCGUCGAUCGACGACAUCAAGCUCCCUGCCUCGCUCGCAUACUCCAGAAAGGCCAAGCUAGGCCCACGGCGGACCAUUGCGAAGCGUGGGACCGAGAUCUUUGUGGCCGUGGGCAAGCAGAUUCGUUGGGGCGACCUCGCCCAUCUCAAAGAAUCCUGGGAAUCGCAGCAUUCACGUGGCGCUGCUGGAGUGCGCAUUAAGAGAGAGGACUCGGACGGCUCGUUUGAGAUUUACGACGAGGAAGCCACUAGUGGGAAUGGCCAUCCAGGCGGGCUUGCUGAAGGCUAUCGAACUCUGAAAACGCCCGUCGCCGACGACAUCCGCGAGCUGAUCAUCAGCCCGCAGGAGGACCUGCUCGCCGUGCUUACGUCGCAUACCGUACACAUCUGCAUGCUGCCCGACUCUUCUCACCUGCACACCAAAGAUUCCGCACCCUUCAAGCCAAAGUUCUGGACGCUGGGGCCGACGACGCACGUAACCUCGCGCUCAGCGGUUGCGUCGGCAUUAUGGCACCCCCUAGGCGUGAACGGCUCGUCGCUGGUGACGGUCACGCAGGACGCCGUGGUGCGAGUCUGGGAGCUGUCGACAACUGACCGCUGGUCGUUUGAUUCGCCGUCGCUUGCCAUUGACCUGAAGAGACUGGCCGACGGAACCUAUCUGGACCAGGACUUUAGUGCGUCUACGUCGACCACCAACAAGGCCUUCUCGCCCGAUUCGUUCGACAUGGAAGUUGCCGCCGCGUGCUUUCCUGGCCGCGGGUCAGGCGGCUGGUCCUCCAUGACUCUAUGGAUCGCCAUGGUCGGCGGCGACAUAUACGCGCUCUGCCCCCUGCUGCCCCAGAGCUGGGCCCCGCCUCCCACCCUGAUCCCGUCUCUCUCCGUCUCCAUAGUUGCCAAAGUGGCAGCUACCGAAGACGACCCCCAAGUUCCCCAAGACACCAAGGUUCUGGCUCAGCAGCAGCUCGAGUGGAUGUCGGACCUCGACAACCAGGAUCCGAAGCUGGUCGAGGGUGCUUUCGGGGAGCCCUUGGUCGAGGUCUAUACGCGCCCCUCCCGGCCAGGUCUGGUCCCGAGGCUGCAGGGCCCCUUCCAGUUCGACCUCAACCCAGACGACGAGGGAGACGAGGAGGUCGAGCUGAAGGACAUAUUUGUGAUUGGAGAGAAGAUCAACACGAUCGAUUUAAUGUUUGGUGAAGAGGAUGAGCUGGACGUCGGCGGCUACGACCAAGACGGCCUGUCGCUCUCGGUCGUCUGCCUCCUCUCCACGAGCGGGCAGGUCAAGAUCUGUCUCGAUAUUGACGGAGUCCAGGCCCAGUGGCUCCCGCCUCGAAACAAGACGAGGUCCCGAUUGUUUACGCCGGCGCCCAAGCAGCAGUCGCUGCUCACAUUCCAGACGUUUGACACAGUCAAGCCUGCCGAAGUAAACCCCGACGGCUGGCCCAUGUUCAGCGAAGACAUCACGUCGCGCUAUGCUUUCUACGUCACGCACGCCGCUGGCAUUACCUAUGUUUCCCUCGCGCCCUGGGUAUUCCGGCUUGAGAGCGAGCUCCAGAGCGAAUCCGAGGCGGGGGCUGAGUUCCGCAUCGAUCUGCUGGUGAAAGGACAGGGGUCGGAGAGGGAGCGCAUCUACACGCAGCAACGUGGCCAACACGUGCUUGCCGCAGCCACGGCCAUGAGGGAUCCUGAUCUCGGCUACUUUGUGCUGUCGGCAACCUACCACGACCCUGUUGCCCUGUUCUUUGAUGUCCCCGAGCUCGACGCUGGCUCGGGCCCUCAAGAGCCUGCCCAGCUACUCCUCGAGCAACGGGAGCCGUCACAGCCACUGACCGUAUGGGAGCCCCGGCCGCUUUUCCACCCGUCAGAGGCUCUUGACCACGGCAGCGGCCUCCCUACUUGGUUGGAUCACCUCAAGACUGGCAAGAGGCGCCCGCUGGUGCAGCAAGAAGUCCGUCUCUCGCUGGCGACGCUCGAGGUCUUCACGGAAGGGCACCGCCUCGUUAGUUCAGAGGUGUUUGAGCUCAACAAGGCGGUGGCCGAGCUGUUCCGCAAGUGCCAGGCGCUACAGUUCGAUCUGAGGGAACAGAUUGGCAAGGCAAACGAGGUGAGACAGCGCAUCGAGACCAUCGCGGGAUACGACUCGGCAGACGAUGACGAGCUGGUCUCGGACAACAUGCUCAUCAAGGUGCGGCUGCGGGAAGCGCAGCGCAGGCAGGAAGAGCUCAGCAAGAGAAUGGAGAAGCUCCGGAGGAAACUGGGGAGGGCCACGAGCCGCGAGCUCAGCGACAAGGAGAAGGCAUGGAUGGAGGAGGUGCGGUCGCUCGAGAGCAGCAUCUUGGGAGCCGAUGCGGAGGCGGACCAGCCGUCGUCGCCCUCGAGGACGAAGCAGCCGUGGAAACGAUUCGAGGAGAUUGAGUCUCUCCGAGACGCCUUGUUUACCCAGGUGGAACAGCUGCAGAAGAAAGGCAGCGGGGACGGGACCGGGGACGACACGGCUGGGCCCCCUGCCCUCAGUCUAAAGAUCCCGGCGGAUAUUCGCAAGGCCAAGGUUGCGCAGGUGAUGGGCCUGCUCGAGCGCGAGACAGCACUGGUGGACGCAGUAAAAUCCCGCCUUGAGAGACUGACGCUCGGAUAG